AUGUUCUACGAGCCGGGUGUAUUCUUCGUCGAUGUUGUCGAUAACGGAAUCUUCCCACUCACUCGCACGGGGAGCGGAGUGGCCCCAGUUGACGGAGCUUUCGUACGAAUCGAUGUUCAUGGCCAAGUGCGUACUGACGAGGACACCUACGCCGCCGAUGCCUCUGCUGACGCAUGUUCCAAGGAACAGUUCAUCUCCAGUCUCAAAUACAGCGUGCAGCGAUUUUCAAAUCCCGAAAGCUUUAACUUUGUACCAAGCUCGUUCAAACGCAGUUAUUUCGAACAUAGAUGUGCAACAAGAGAUGACGUUCGCACAAAAUAUUUGGCCAGUUCCUGCUCCGUUUACUCAGUUGGAGCUGAAAACAACACAGCUGAUAAUGAAUUCAAGAAGAACCGAGUACCGGUGCAGAAAAGCAGAAGUCAGGAUUCUGAUCACGAAAUAGGAAACAAGGAAGCAACUAUGACACCAAAUUUGAAGUUCAGGGAUACAGAAGAUGAUGAAUUUGUUGAGGCAAGGGAUUCGGAAAAAGUAGGAAUCUCUUCGAACAGAAACAUUUGA